UGUUUUAAAUAUAUGGACAUAAUGAAAAAGCAAUUGAAAGUCGAAGACAACGAAAACAAGUCCUGUAUUCGAAACAUUCAACGAAUCUUACGUGGACAACUGCUAUUUGUAUUGACUUUUCUGGCAGUCAUUCUUGGAUUUAUUAUCGGCUUUGGAAUUCGUGAAGCUGGACCUUCUAUAGACGCUUUACAUUGGAUCGGUAUGCCAGGAGAUCUUUUCAUGCGGUCGCUGAAAAUGAUGAUCGUUCCUCUAGUUGUUACCAGUGUCAUACACAGCACAGCUUCUUUAGAACCGAAAUCAAACGGCAGAAUAGGCCUGAUAUCCAUCACAUACAUAUUGCUUACGAACAUGCUGGGUUGUGUGAUUGCCAUCAUACUUAUUUAUACCAUUAAUCCAGGACGAGUAAAUGUUGCACAUGAUGAGAAAGUAAUGGUCAAUAAAAUUCAGCAACAAGAUAUAUUUGCAGAUUUCUUAAGAAAUAUCAUACCAGAUAACCUAGUAGAGGCAACUUUUCGCAAAACACAAACAAAAUUCAAGUCUGAAAUUGUUUGGAACGAACUUCAGAAUCUUGGUAAUUUUUCUAAUACCACUGCAGAUGUAGAACAAAAUUAUUUGGAAAUGGUCAAGACUGUUGGGAAAUCAGGUGGACCAAAUAUACUUGGACUGAUAUUGGCCUGUAUGUUCAUAGGCAUUGCUGCUGGAAGAUUGAAAGAAAAAGCCAGAGUAUUCAUUGACUUCUUCGCAAUGAGUGCUGAAAUUGUUCUGCAAAUUCUUCGAUGGUUUAUUUGGCUGACCCCAGUAGGCGUGGCCAGUCUUACAGCUGCCUCCAUAGCAGGUACCCGUGACGUUACGGAGACGUUUGUUAGCCUGGGAUACUUUGUUUUGACAGUAACCUUGGGUAUCGUUUUUAACCAAGCCAUUCUUCUUCCACUCUUAUAUUUUGCUUUCACACGAAAAAAUCCCUACAAACAUAUCCUUAGUAUAAAGCGAGCUUGGCUGAUAGGAUUCUCUUUUGGGUCAUCGUAA